CCUCCAAAGUAGAAAAAAGUAUCAAGACUGAGUUAAGAUGCAAAAUAAAAUAAAACUUCCGAAAUACUAAUCUAUGAGAAUUGAAAUAGACUCAGAAGUCAAAUAAAAUGUUGUGAAUCGUCUGGUUUUAAUUGGAUCAAUUUUGAUGGCUAUUUAAAAAAAGAUAUGUUGCUGAAGCUUUUAUUAUUGAUACGCCUGUUCAAUACCUUGUCAAAAAAGAGUUUAAUAAUCCUGAAUGGUGAAAACACAAGGCUUUUUUUAUAGCCACACAACCUUUUAAAAGCAUUAUUAGGGAUAAAAUAAUAAUAUGAAAAUAGUUACAUCAGUUUGUUUGUAUAACAAUGUGGAAUAUGGAGUGCAAGUUAGUGCCUAAUAAUGGUGGUUUUGCUGUUGUUUGCAAAUCAAACGUAAGCAGUCAUCCAACAAAACAAAAGAGUUACGAAAAAAAAGCAGAACAUCAAAAAAAUAAAAAACCUUCAAUAUCUGUAGAAUGCACAGAUCUUGAAACAAACUCUAGUGACGAAAUAAAUGGCUUUAUUUUGGAAAAAAUCAUGAUACUAAACUGUCCAUUAAAUAUGUUUUUGAAAGGCAUGAGGUUAGAAAGAAAUGACACAAAGGCAGUAAUGAAGUAUACCUGCUGCACCUGGAUACCACUUGUUUCAUAAAGAAGUUUAUUUAUUAGACUUUUGUAAAGACAUUUUUUUGUAUUAUUGCUUUUCUUUUAAAUAAACAGAAAAAUAAUUUAUUAAGCUUUAAAAA